AUGGAGAACUAUCAGAAGAUUGAAAAGAUUGGAGAAGGUACCUAUGGUGUCGUCUACAAAGCCCGGGACCUCUCCAACGGGGGACGGAUUGUGGCCCUGAAGAAGAUUCGCCUGGAGGCUGAGGAUGAGGGCGUUCCCAGCACAGCGAUCCGCGAGAUCUCCUUGUUGAAGGAAAUGAACGACCCCAACAUUGUGCGCUUAUUCAACAUCGUCCAUGCAGACGGCCACAAGUUGUACCUGGUCUUUGAAUUCCUGGAUCUGGACCUCAAGAAAUACAUGGAAGCCCUGCCUGUGUCUGAAGGAGGCCGCGGCAAGGCCCUGCCUGAGGGGUCAACCAUGGACAUGCAGAGACUGGGCUUGGGCAAAGACAUGGUGAAGAAGUUCAUGGCGCAACUCGUUGAAGGUGUCCGAUUCUGCCACAGCCAUCGUGUCCUACAUCGAGAUUUGAAACCACAGAAUCUGUUGAUCGAUAGGGAAGGCAAUCUCAAACUGGCUGAUUUUGGUCUGGCCCGAGCAUUCGGUGUCCCUCUUCGGACCUACACUCAUGAGGUGGUCACAUUGUGGUAUCGUGCUCCAGAGAUUCUUCUGGGUGGACGACAAUACUCGACUGGUGUCGACAUGUGGUCGGUUGGUGCCAUAUUCGCAGAGAUGUGCACUCGCAAGCCUCUUUUCCCAGGUGACUCGGAGAUUGACGAGAUCUUCAAGAUCUUCAAGCUGCUGGGCACGCCCGAUGAAUCUACCUGGCCUGGCGUGACCUCGUUCCCCGACUUCAAGACAACAUUCCCCAAGUGGCGUCGUGAACCGACCAGCAAACUCGUGCCCAAUCUCGAACCAGCCGGUCUGGAACUCCUAGACGCUAUGCUCGAGUACGACCCUGCUCAUCGCAUUUCUGCCAAGGCAGCUUGCAAUCACCCUUACUUUGCAGCCGGCUCUGCCGCCUACUCAGCGCGUACGAACGGUGUGGGUCGCACAAGCGAGCAGGACCAGGGCUAUUGGGACUAA